AUGAUUUAUCAUGUGAAGGACCCAAAGGUUGGGGACCUGAUUGAGUUCUUCAGGGAGGGAUACCAGCACUGGGCUGUGUAUAUCGGAUAUGGUUAUGUCGUUCACCUGACAAAGAAUGAAGACGCAGGGAGCUGGUUCUUCGGCAGUCUGUGGGCGGAUGACAAAGCCUUUGUGAGGGAGCAACGACUGACAGAGGUUGCGGGAUCCGACAAGUGGCAAGUCAACAACCUUCUGGACGACAAGUACACGCCACGCUCGCCCAGCGAGAUCGCUAAGAAAGCAGCAAGCAAGGUGGGCAAGAAGAUGCCCUACAGCUUCAGUCAGUGGAACUGUGAACACUUUGCCACUGACCUGCGAUAUGGCAAGGCCAAGUCACGCCAGAAACUGCAAGCUGUGGCGGCAGGGGCCGCCAUUCUGGGCCUGUUGGGAGCUGCGGCAUCCACCUUGUCUGGAGGCCACGAGGAAGAGAAGAAGCCCAACUGCCAAUACAACUACCAAUAUCAACAGCCAUAUUAUUACCAACAGCCAUAUUAUCACGACAGCUAUUACUAUUACUACUGA